UACGAUGGACGAGUCAGGUAACAAGAAGCCACCAACUAUUUCGUCACUGUGGACAUGGGUGGUGGACUUUUUGACCGCAGACUUUCAGCCAAGGGCGGCUUUCAUUGCUGGACUUGCGUUGGGGUUGCGUGUUGGUUGAAGCAAGGUUAUAAGUGUAGAGGGGGAAAUCAUCUAAAUCAGGCAAGAGGAAAAAUGGCUCGUAAUUUGUCUGUCUGUAGUGUUUUCUACUAUCUCCUCGCGCGGUCCACCAAUCAACUAGCCUACCAUGGGAGGACGCCGAGCAAAGUACAAACAAGGGCCUCCAGCUCCACUUCCCAAUGCAGAUGAAGCUCGACCUUCGACAAAAAAGCUCGGAAAACGGAAGGCAAAUGUAGAUCAUGAGCCUGAACCAUCUACCAACAGUCGUCCUACGAAAAAAGCUAAAGGAGAUCUUCUAUCAAAACCUCCGGCCCAAGAAAAGCAGGUGAAGGGUUCCCAGAAGAAUGUAAAGAUUAUCUCCAAGGCCACUCCUACCGGGGGGGAAAGUAAACCGCUCUCGGAGGAAGGGGAAAGUGAUGGAUGGGAAGACGCUAGCGAUGUGGAAGAUCUCGAUGGUUUCGCGAAUGGUCUGGAUGACUUAGAUAUCGAUGAAGACGAUGACCUUUUACGAGGGGUUCCGGAAGAACUGGAUCUUGGCUCAGACGAUGAGGACGAAGUCGAACUGUUCCCCAAAAAAAGCCGAAAAUCUAAGCAGGCUGAACGUCCUACGAAGAUUAUUCCGACAGUCUCAGACGAUAGCUCUGAUGACGAGGGCGAGGACUCCGAUGGGGAGGACGAGGACGGGCCAAUUACUGCCAAGAACAUGGAAUCCCGCUCUCGUGCACUCGAUGAGAAGGCUGCUCGGGAGGCGGAGCUUGAUAUCGAGGAGAUGCAAAAUGCUACCUUCGAGGGCAGUGACGAGGAUAUCGACAUGGAAGGAGAAGGAGAAGACGCAGAAGCAUUUCAUUUACCUACGACCGAAGAGAGAGCGGAAGAGAAGAACCAUGUUGCUGAUGUCCAUGUCGUUCAGCGAAGGAUGCGAGAAUGUGUCCGUGUCUUGGGCAAUUUCAGUAAACUAGGCGCGAAGGGCCGGCUACGGUCAGAAUAUGUAGAGCAGCUGGUCUCCGACAUUGCUAGUUAUUACGGGUACAAUGAGUUCCUUGCCGAGAAGCUAUUCCAACUUUUUCCUGUUUCUGAGGCUAUCGAGUUCUUCGAAGCGAAUGAGGUAUCAAGACCAGUGACUAUUCGAACAAAUACGCUCAAAACACGAAGACGAGACCUUGCGCAAGCCCUCAUUAACCGUGGUGUCAAUCUCGAGCCGAUAGGCAAAUGGACCAAUGUUGGUCUCCAAAUUUUCGAAAGCAGCGUACCGAUAGGUGCGACACCCGAGUAUCUCUCUGGUCACUAUAUGCUUCAGGCUGCGUCUUCUUUCCUUCCUGUCAUCGCAUUAUCGCCUCAACCCAACGAGCGUGUGCUUGACAUGGCCUCCGCCCCUGGAGGCAAGACGACGCACAUCGCUGCACUCCUACACAACACGGGUAUUGUUUUCGCUAAUGAUGCAAACAAAGCACGGACGAAGAGUCUGACGGCGAAUGUACAUCGUCUUGGGUGCAAAAACGUCGUUAUCUGUUCAUACGAUGGUCGGGAGUUUCCCAAGGUAAUGGGUGGGUUUGACAGAGUUCUUCUGGAUGCGCCUUGUAGCGGCACUGGUGUUAUUAGCAAGGACUCGAGUGUGAAGGUCAACAAGUCUGAACGUGAUUUCCACCUCCUAUCGCACCUCCAAAAGCAGCUUAUCCUCUGCGCCAUUGACAGUGUCUCUCCUGACUCCAAAACAGGAGGAUAUCUGGUCUACUCCACGUGUUCCGUCACCGUUGAUGAAAACGAAGCUGUGGUCGAUUAUGCGCUGCGAAAGCGCCCGAAUGUGAAACUUGUGGAUACUGGUCUCAGCUUUGGCAGAGAUGGUUUUACGAAGUAUCGCGGAAAGACCUUCCACCCGAGCGUGAAGCUGACGCGGAGGUUUUACCCCCAUGUGCACAACAUGGAUGGGUUCUACGUUGCAAAGUUCAAGGUGGAGAAGCGGGCUAAGAUCAAAGCCGGUGCACAGGACGUCGAGUCAGCUAAUGUGAAGGAUGUAGACGAGCAGCAAGAAGAUAUCGGAUUUGAUUCAGAGGAGGACAGAACGUUUAUCGAAGAGGGCAAACGUAUACAGAUGAAGGCCAAGGGUUUGCGCGUACCUCGCAGACGACAGUCAGAUGUAGCGGGCAAAGUAGUGAAAGCAGCUGCAUGAUAUAUGACAACGUUCCGUGUUCUCGUUGCAUAUACCUCCGCCGAUAUUACAUUUGAUUUACAUCCAAAAGAUAUACGCCCUUGGAGUCACUGCUACUAUAGGACGGAUGGUAUAUCACUCGAAUCACCUUUUAGACGCAUAAUAAGACAUUCAGAGUAUCUCCGGUGCGGGGCGGAAUGCCGUACAAGGAACCUAAAAUGAAUUUCG